UUGUGUGUCGAUGCUGUGGCUUUAAGAACUGCAAAGAGUGGCUGGGUCUUUAAAAUUGAUUUUUUGCAUAGUUAUAAUAAGGUAGCUUAAGUAUGUUUUCAGUUAAGGAUUAAAUAUAUACACAUAUAUAUAUAUAUAUAUAUAUAUAUAUAUAUACGUUUAUGCGCAGAACGUGCGACAGUUUACGCAAUAUGUUUGGCUGUUGGAUCCCGGCCUGUACUCAGCAAACUGUUUUCAUGUUUUAUGCCUCUCGGCGCUUGGUCAUAUUUGUGUAUGAUCUUUAAGCUGCAGCGAAAAGCAGGCUUAGAGGUUAAAAGAGGUCAUGGAGCUGCAACAAGGCGAUGGUCAGCUCUCGGACAACAACAAAGAGGAGAAGUGUGGCGUGGAGAAGGCCGCGCAGAAAUCCCCGGAACACAGUCAGUCAGAGACGCCAAAGAAGCUGCUGCGAGGGCGGUGCCCUAGUCGGCUGAAGGCACGGGAAAGCCCGGGAGAGUUAAACACUAACGCGAACGGCGCCGGCGCGAAUGCAGUUGGAUCUGGGCGAGUGUUGCGGGACCGGUCGUCUAGAGCUCUUCCAGCGUGGAAGCACAGUGAGAAAAAGGAGGAUCGGGACGAAGAGUUGGUGGAAGAGAGUCGGCGGAGGAAGGCUACCCCGCCACGGCGGAGCAAAGCUACAGAGGCGGGCAAAGAGAGUGGCCCGGCUGCACGGUCCGGAGAGAAUAAGGAUGCUGGCAGCAGCACUCGAGCGGGUAGUGGCAGGCGGACUCAGAGAGGCAGGACUCCUUCAUCGUGGGCUCAGAAGAGUAUAACCCGGGUUGUGUGCAAGAGCGAACCAGAAGCAGAGACUUUAUGUGUCGAAACAGACAAGGCAGCUGGCAAGAGGACAGGAGGAAGUGAUCAGAGAGAGACAGAAGGAGAGGAGGAUGAUGUUCUGGGUGAGGAAGAGCCUCCAUAUGUGGAUGACCCGAAAGAUCAGAACUACCAGCCGCAGUGCCAGAGUGAUGAUGACGUGGGAAUCAGCAGUGAUGAAGAUGUUCCCUUUAGAGACGACCUGAAUGAUCAGAGCUAUGAUCCUAAAUCUGAGAGGGACACUCCUAAAUCACGACGCAAAGCCCCUCCCAGGCUACGGGAGAAAAAAGAGAAAAUGGCUGUAGUGGAGAAAGAGAAGGAGGUGCAGGCAGAGGUCAAGAAAGAAGGAGGAGAUGGCGUGGAUGUGAAGAUGGAGUUCGGGGAGGGGGCAGAGCCUCCUAGGAAGAGAGGCAGGCGAAGGAAAGAUGAUAAAAGCCCCCGUCUUCCAAAGAGAAGGAAGAAGCCCCCAGUGCAAUAUGUCCGCUGUGAGAUGGAAGGCUGUGGGACAGUUCUCGCGCAUCCACGCUACUUACAGCAUCACAUUAAAUACCAGCACUUAAUGAAGAAGAAGUAUGUGUGUCCGCACCCCUCCUGUGGCAGACUGUUCCGACUCCAGAAACAGUUACUGCGCCAUGCCAAACACCAUACAGAUCAACGGGACUACAUCUGUGAAUUCUGUGCUCGUGCUUUUAAAAGUUCCCAUAACCUGGCUGUUCACCGCAUGAUCCACACAGGAGAAAAACCUCUGCAGUGUGAGAUAUGUGGCUUCACUUGCCGCCAGAAGGCAUCCCUAAACUGGCACAUGAAAAAGCAUGAUGCGGAUGCCUCCUACCAGUUCUCCUGCAGCAUCUGUGGUAAAAAGUUUGAGAAGAAGGACAGUGUGGUAGCACACAAGGCCAAGAGCCACCCAGAAGUUCUGAUUGCAGAGGCUUUGGCAGCAAAUGCUGGUGCCCUCAUCACCACUCCAGGAGCUUUGCUGGAGGCCUCCACAGGGGCCCUGCGGACAGAGCAGAUGCAGGAGGUACAGCUGGGCUCUGUGCAGGUGCCGGUGAGCCAAGUGGGUUCUCUGGCGCAGGUUGGCCACGUAGGCCCUGUGGUUGUUGUAGAACCAGACCAUUCUCUUCCUAACAUGCAGGUUCCUGUUACUUUGGCCCUGCCCACUGCGGAGGAAGAGCUAGGAAGCGGAACUGGGUCUUCACACUCCACGCACACCCUGCAGGCUCUGCCGUUGCAUUUUGUCUCCACACCUGUUUCCCAGCAACAGCAGCAGCCCCAGGUACAGCAGCUGCCCCUUCAACACUCAGUCACUCAACAGGCCACUCUGGUGCAGCCAUUACCUGUGCAGUCAUAUCCCACGCAGCCACAGAUUCUUCACAUGACAUUCAGAGCUGUUCCACAUCAGCAGCAGAUCCAGCAGUUGCCCCUGCUCUCUGUGACCCAGCAGCUACCACAUCAAAGCCAAGCCAUAAUUAGAGCUCCUAACUCUAGCUCUAGCCCACUAGUCUCCACAGGCUCUAGUCUCACCCAGAACCUGCCUGAAACCUCCUCUUCUGACUGCAGAGGAACUCUAGGUUUCCCAACUGAUCCUCCUCCAUCAUCGUCAGCUUCUCCUCCCCACCCUCCUCCCUCUGCCACAAGAGAGUGCAGAGCUGUCUGGGAAGGCAAGGGCCCUGAAGAGAACGGAAAUGUGGGUGGGGUUUGGGAGGCAGCUGGAGAAAGCCAAGAGCAGGUUAUGACGGACAGCUCAGAAGGGCAGAUUCAGCAUGGACUGAUGUAGCGAAAUGAAGUUCACUUUAUAAUAAUAAUGGAGGAAAAAGUCAGAAGACUGCCUAGUGUAUUUCAGCCUCCUCAUUAUAACCUCCCCACAAAAGUUAAAAAUAUAGGAUCAUAAAUAUAUUGUAUGUAUUCACAUAAACAUUUGGUAGGUUUGUAGAAGUGUAUGUAAUCAGGGAAAAAAAAGGAGUGUUUUGAGUUGUUGUUGCUUUGUGUACAUAAUACAGUUUUAGCCCCUUAAAAAUGUUA